UCCGACCUGGUGAACAGACCGAUUGUUCUCCUCAGUUCCACACUGGUCGGUUGUGCGCGAAUGGAAGACGGAUCUUGCGUUCAAUGGAAUAACAUAUAUUUUUUUCUUACCGGAUGGGUUGUGCAUCAUUGGAUCUCCUAAGUUCUGGUGAUGUCCUCUCCUAAAUCCUGCGAUUGGUGAAAAAAGCAUUCUUCGCCGGGGAGUUACAGCCUUCGCAUGUGAUUGAGAAUUACCGUGUCUUGGAAGUGGACCUAACAUGGACUAAUUUGUUUUUAUAUUCACAAUGGGAUUAUUACAGCUAUUUCUGAUCGUCGGCUUAAUUUGCGUAGCCUCAGUCCUAGGUUUCGGCAUCGACCCUGCCCUGCGCGUCAGCGUGUUUGACGAGCUGACGCUCGGCGACGGCUUCGAUGGAGUCACUCAAGUCCAGGGCUUCCACAGCGAGUCCAGAGCCUUCCACUUCCAAGGAUCCUCCCGGGAGGUGCGGGCGUCCGUGGGCGUCUCAGAGCGCAUCGUCCACAAGCUGAGAGGGAAGAGCGAGUUCACCGUGCUGGUGACGCUCAAACAGGAGCUCCUCAACUCCGGGGUCAUCCUCUCCAUUCACCACUCGGAGCAGAGGUUCCUGGAGCUGGAGAGCAGCGGGCAGCGCAGCGAGAUCCGCCUCCACUACCGCACCAAGGGCCAGCAGCCGCACACGGAGGUGUUCCCCUACAGCCUGGCCGACAACCAGUGGCACAAGGUGUCCGUGUCGGUCAGCGCCUCGCACGUCAUCCUGCACGUGGACUGCAACAGGAUCUAUGAGCGGGUGGUGGAGAUUCCCUACAUGGACAUCCCUGAAGAUGCCUCCUUCUGGUUGGGACAGAGGAACGCUGCUCACGGCUUCUUCAAGGGAGUGAUGCAGGAUGUGGAGGUGCUAGUGAUGCCACAGGGCUAUAUCUCCCAGUGUCCAGACCUCAACAGAACCUGCCCGACUUGCAAUGAUUUCCACGGGCUUGUGCAGAAGAUUAUGGAGCUCCAGGAUAUCCUGGCCAAAACCUCCGGCAAGCUGUCCAGGGCGGAGGAGAAAAUGAACGGCCUGGACGGAUGCUAUUGUGAGAGGACCUGCAGCGUCAAGGGAGUGGUCUACCGGGAGGAUGAGGGAUGGACAGAUGGCUGCAGGAACUGCACGUGCACGAAUGGAACGGUGCAUUGUGAGGCUAUCUCCUGCCCCGCCCCCGAGUGUCCCGCGGGGAUGGCCCCCGCCUACGUGAGGGACGCCUGCUGUAGGGAGUGCCAGCCCGUGUGCCUCUUCAGUAGCAGGGAGCUGGUGGAGGGAGAUCAGAGAGCAGUGCGCGACACCUCUGGCAGAUGUCUGCUGUUUGAAUGCAAGGACAGGACCAUGCGGCGGGAGCUCCCGGCCGCCCUGUGCCCAGACCCAGGAUGCUCCGAGGGGGAUCAGAUUAAGCUGAACGACCGAUGCUGCACCGUCUGCAGAGGUCAUGACUUCUGCGCCGAAGGCCACGGCUGCGUGGAGAACUCUGAGUGUGUGAACCUGGAGGCCGGGACCCGGUGUGUGUGCAAGGACGGCUUCAGCCCCAUGAGGGAGGACAACGCCUACUGCGAAGGUAAGGUCCCGCCCGGGGGGGUCCCAGCGAACGGGGGGUCUUGA